CUUUGCUAUGCUCAUAAUCACGGGAGGGAUCGAGAUAAGUUUGCAUCACGUGGAAUCAAGUGUGUGUUUUUGGGUUAUGCCUACUCCCAAAAGGGUUGGAGAUUAUAUGAUCUGGAAAAUCAAUGUUUUAUUAUUUCACGAGAUGUGACCUUCGUUGAAACAACCUUCCCUUAUAAGACCGACGACCAACAUUCACGUGACAUAAACGUGAAUAGGACCAUGCAGCAGGAGGACAAUGUUCCCAUUACUCAUUUCGAGGCUAUUGAUGAGGAGAACCCACUUUCAGUGGACAUGACAUCUGCUACAUCCACCUUGCGUGACACGGAGCAAACUGGGGAAGCUGGGUCCAGUGAUGAGGAGCUGACUAAUGAUGGUAAUCUGGAGACACGUGGGAGUACUUUAGUUGAAGGUCUGGAAUCUGCCACAGAAAAUAAUGGGGAUGGAACAGGUACACGCAGAAGCAGUAGACCGAAACGCAAAGCCGCAUGGCAUCAAGAUUAUGAAGUGCAGACUAAUACUAUGAAAAUAGAUACUCCGCCCGGUUCUCGCUCCACUUCAACGGUAGAAUCAGCACACAAAGAACUCGGGACGUUUAACGAAGCGAUGCGUGAUCCUCUUUGGAGAGCUACCAUGCAACACGAACUGGAUGCUUUGGAAAAAAAUGGCACGUGGAUAAUACAAGAUCUUCCUCCUAGUAAGAAGCCUAUUUUUUUGUAAAUGGGUCUAUAAAAUCAAAUAUAAAAGUGAUGGUACCGUUGAUCGGUACAAAGCUCGGUUGGUUGUGUGUGGUAAUCGACAAGUACAUGGGAUUGAUUACGAUGAGACUUUCGCCCCGGUGGCUAAGAUGGUCACAGUUCGUGUUAUGUUGGCUAUUGCUGCUUCCCGUUAUUGGGAGAUCCAUCAAAUGGAUGUAGAUAAUGCCUUUCUCCAUGGUGAUCUUCGUGAAGAGGUGUAUAUGCAUUUACCACCAGGGUACUCCUCUCCUAAACACGGACAGGUGUGCAAAUUACUCCACUCACUCUAUGGAUUGCGUCAGGCCCCACGUUGUUGGUUCUCAAAAUUAACUACUGCACUUCUCUCAUAUGGUUUUAGUCAGUCACAUGCUGACUAUUCCUUGUUCACUCUUCACCGUGAAGGACAUAUUUUAUGUAUAUUGGUUUAUGUUGAUGAUUUACUUAUUACCGGUUCUGAUCCCACAAUGAUUUCUUUUUUAAAAAAAAUAUUUGGCUCAUACUUUUCCUGUUAAGGAUUUGGGACACAUGAAAUACUUUCUAGGGUUGGAAGUUGCACGGGGACGAAAGGGAAUUUUUCUUUGUCAGCGCAAAUAUAUUUUGGAUGUUCUUGAUGAGACAGGUUUGACUGGUGCCAAGCCGGUUUCGUUCCCUAUGCCACAAUAUCAUGGCCUACAAUCUGCCGAGGGACCUUUGUUCUCCGAACCAGAUCGCUAUCGCCGAUUGGUUGGAAAACUUAUUUAUCUUACUCUUACAAGGCCAGAUAUCAGCUAUUCUGUUCACAUUCUUUCUCAGUUUAUGCAAGCUCCUCGACGUGUGCACUGGGAUGCAGUUAUCCGGGUUCUUCGCUAUCUCAAAGGUCAUCCUGGCCAGGGGAUUCUUUUAGGGCGACACUCACCUCUCUCACUUGUUGGUUACUGUGAUUCUGAUUGGGCUAGUUGCCCAAACACACGGCGUUCCGUUACCGGUUAUUUUGUUACACUUGGGGGCUCUCCUAUUUCUUGGCGAACUAAGAAGCAAGCUACGGUGUCUCGCUCCUCCGCGGAAGCCGAGUAUAGAUCCAUCGCAACUCUUACAUGUGAACUUCUUUGGCUCAAGAGUCUUUUCUCCUCUUUACGCAUCAAAUUGAC